GUUGCUGGCGUCUUUUUUUUUUCUAAUCGUGCUUCUCCUAGACUCUGGUUUUCUCUCCUUAUCUUUCACCUCGCAUACAAAUAUAUAAAAUAUUCCCAAGCAUCUUUGCUUUGUACCCUGCGACACGUGCUGGAACAAGAUCUAUAGCGUUUCAUAAGCAGAUCUCUCUUUAUUUACACUUCUCAAGACCCCAAAACACCUCGUGGUACAUUCCAGAAAUAGCAACACGGUUUUACCUGCCCACCGCCAUCUCCUCUAUUAUCCGAGCAAGUCGAGUCGUAUAGUCCCCUCGGGACAUAUAUUGCUACGCCUUGCUGCUUUUGCCUACUUACCUGGGCAAGACAUCGCAAAACCUGUCGACUUUCCUUUUCUCCGGUAGAAAACAGACAACCAAAUUUAAACCGCAACAAUGGCUCCUCCGGCCGCCAUCACACCGGUCACCCCCGGCACUCCCGAGCCCAGCCUCAACAAGGGCGGGCCAGACACCAACCUGACCGCCGCCGCCAUCGGUCACAAGAUGUCACAGGCCUCCGAGUACCAGGAACUCGACGCAUCCAAGCUCAUCUACAACCUCACCACUAGCCCAAGGGCCCUUCCGGACUACGACACGGCCGCCGCCGGCUCCGAGACCGUCUGCACCGACCACAUGGUGACGGCGAACUGGCAUGCAGCCACGGGCUGGUCCGCCCCGACAAUCAAGCCCUACGGACCCCUCAGCCUCAUGCCCACUGCCUCAGUCCUCCACUACGCCACCGAGUGCUUCGAGGGCCUCAAGGCCUACCGCGGCUACGACGGCAAGCUGCGCCUGUUCCGCCCGGACCGCAACGCCAACCGCAUGCUCAUGUCGUCGGUGCGCAUCGCCCUCCCUUCCUUCCCGCCCGAGGCCCUCGAGAAGCUCCUCAUUGCCCUCAUGGCCGUUGACGGACCCAAGUGGCUGCCGCGCGAGAGGCCCGGCACCCUGCUGUACCUCCGCCCCACCAUGAUCGGCACCCAGGCCCAGCUGGGCGUGCAGGCCCCCAACCAGGCCAUGCUCUUCAUCACGGCCUCCUACUUCCCCACCAUGGACUCUCCCGCCGGCGGCAUGCGCCUGCACACCUCGCCCGAGGACAUGGUGCGCGCCUGGGUCGGCGGCUUCGGCUACGCCAAGGUCGGCGCCAACUACGGCCCCUCGCUUCUGGCCACCAAGGAGGCCAAGUCCAGGGGUUUCCACCAGAUCCUGUGGCUGUACGGACCCGAGGGUUACUGUACCGAGGCCGGCGCCAGCAACUUCUUCGUGCUCAUGAAGAACAAGCAGACGGGCCGCCUCGAAAUCGUCACCGCCCCGCUCGACGACAGGGUCAUCCUCGGCGGUAUUACCCGUAUGAGCGUCCUGGAGCUGGCGAGGUCGAGGCUCGGAGACGAGGUUGACGUCGUCGAGCGCCGCUACACCAUCGAUGAGGUUUUUGAGGCCUAUGCCGAGGGUCGCAUCGUUGAGUCGUUUGCGUCUGGAACUGCUUAUUUUGUCUGCCCCAUCUCCUUGAUCCACCACCGCGGCAAGGAGGUCUCAAUUCCCAUGGGCGAAGACGGCCAGGGUGGCAAGUACACUCUCAAGCUGAAGCAGUGGCUCAAGGACAUCAUGUAUGGCAACGAGCAGCACGAGUGGGGAGUUGUCGUUCCAGAGGAGCAGUAAAGCGAUCAUAAUUCUUUUCUUCCUUUUUUUUCUUUUCUUUUCUUUGUCUAUCUCAUGAAGCAUUGACGACCUUUGUUGGACAAAAAAAUCCGGCGUCGGGAUCAUGAGGGGUUGUAUUCGGCGUUAUCAUAAAGAGGAAACGGAGUUUACGGGUUGGGCGGUAUUCUGCAUCGCUCAAAACAGCACAAGAUUUCACUUACGUUUUUCUAGACAUGUUGGCACAGGUUUGCUGCUUAUGGGGAAGCUAAACGUAAAUAACGAUCCUGGUCUAAAGUAGACGAUUCAUAGCAAAUGUGAGGUGAAGCUAAAUGGGUUAAAUGAUCCUCCAAAUGCUGUUAGCAAAGCAAUCAUCUUGAAUGUAACUUUCCUCCAAAAUCGCC